AUGGCCCUGCUGAAGUCCCCACCCGCGGGGACGCGGAGUCCCGCGCUCACGCCCACGCUCAAGGAGGAUAUCCAGCAGAUGGCAGAUGCACUGGGUAACCUGCCCUGCGGCGUCAGCUUAGACAGUAUCGACUAUGGCAGACCGAACUUCGAAGUGCGGCGCAGAGCCACUGAGCCACAGCCGUUUCGCGUGCGCCUUCGCGAGUCUCUCUUCGGCUCCUCCGAGGCUUUUUUCACAUUAGUGGGCUGGCGAUUCUUGCGCAGAAGCAUGAUGGGAAUCUGGCAAGCUCUGGCGACCUAUACUGGGAUCUCCGUUGUCUUCAUGGCCGUGAUGACCUGCUUGUCCGACGAAACGCGCUGUGAAGUCGACAAGGCCCUUCACGGCUUCGUUCUGCUCUUUGACUUUUCGCGGAUCUUCCUCGUCUUCACGCUGACUGCUGUGGUAGGAACCAUGUACUCUCGCUGGUGGGAGAUGCGGCGUCUUGCCGGGACGGUGAUGGGGAGCAUCCAGGAUACCUCCAUCAUCGUCGCCACAUAUAUCCAUGGUGAGGAGACAGCGGAACUGCAAUGCGACCUAGUGCGGUACCUAAAUCUGGCCCUGAUCCUACUCUACAUCCAGGCACGGGAAAAGCACGGCAAAGCUCCCCUGUUCAGCCUGGGGCAGUUGCAGGAGUUGGGUUUCGUGACCGCAGAGGAAGAAUCCGUGCUGCGGACGCACGAAGGAGUCUCGUCGCUCCAUUCAGUGGCCUGCAUGUGGUUCCUGCAACUCUGGCUAGAAGCAGUUCGGGAUGGCCACGUAGCGAACUCGGGCGGUUGCAUGGAUAGCAUUGCUUGCUUGGGUGCAUCCUUGCGUCCCUUGACCUAG